ACUUAUCGCUCCUCAUCCUCUGGUUUUGUGGUCCGUGCCGCCGCCCCUCAAACCCUAGCCUUACCCUGCCGUGAUAUCUCCUCUGGCUUCCUGUCUCCCCUCUCCCUCCCUCCCCGCGAAACCCUAGAAAACCUCGCCCUUUCGGUCUUAUUUUUUUUCUUGCAGACGCGCUUUCAACCUCCUUUCAAUCCCUAAUCGGCGGUUUCCGGUCUCGAAGAAUGGGUGAAGCCAGGGACAACGAUGCUUACGAGGAGGAGCUUCUUGACUACGAUGAGGAUGAGGAGAAGGCUCCCGAUUCUGCCGCUGCCAAGGCUUCCGGUGAAUCGGUGAAAAAGGGUUAUGUUGGGAUUCAUAGUUCCGGUUUCAGAGACUUCCUGUUGAAGCCAGAACUUCUCCGUGCGAUCAUAGAUUCGGGUUUUGAGCACCCUUCUGAAGUACAACAUGAAUGCAUCCCUCAAGCUAUCCUUGGAAUGGAUGUCAUCUGCCAAGCAAAAUCUGGAAUGGGGAAAACAGCUGUUUUUGUUCUUUCAACUCUGCAGCAAAUUGAGCCAGUUGCGGGCCAAGUAGCUGCACUUGUGCUAUGUCAUACCAGAGAACUGGCCUAUCAGAUCUGUCAUGAAUUUGAAAGAUUCAGCACUUAUUUGCCUGAUAUUAAGGUUGCUGUAUUCUAUGGGGGAGUUCACAUCUUGAAGCACAAGGACAUUUUGAAGAAUGAAUGCCCUCAUAUCGUUGUUGGCACACCGGGAAGAAUUCUGGCACUUGCAAGAGAUAAAGAUCUUUCUUUGAAGAAUGUGAGGCAUUUUAUUCUUGAUGAAUGUGACAAGAUGCUUGAGUCCCUUGACAUGCGGCGAGAUGUGCAGGAGAUUUUCAAAAUGACACCUCAUGACAAACAAGUUAUGAUGUUCUCAGCAACUCUCAGCAAGGAGAUCCGCCCUGUUUGCAAGAGAUUCAUGCAAGAUCCUAUGGAAAUAUAUGUUGACGAUGAGGCCAAACUGACACUGCAUGGUUUAGUACAGCACUACAUUAAACUGACCGAGUUGGAGAAGAAUCGGAAACUGAAUGAUCUUUUGGAUGCACUGGACUUCAAUCAAGUUGUGAUCUUUGUGAAAAGUGUGAAUCGAGCAGCGGAGCUGAACAAGUUACUUGUUGAGUGCAACUUUCCAUCAAUCUGUAUACACUCUGGCAUGUCACAGGAAGAAAGGUUGACCAGGUAUAAGAAUUUCAAGGAAGGUCUCAAAAGGAUUCUUGUUGCUACUGAUCUGGUUGGCAGAGGAAUUGAUAUUGAGCGAGUCAACAUUGUAGUAAACUAUGACAUGCCAGAUUCUGCGGACACCUACCUGCACAGGGUUGGAAGGGCUGGGCGAUUUGGUACCAAAGGACUUGCCAUUACAUUCGUCUCAUCAGCUUCAGACUCUGAUGUUCUUAAUCAGGUCCAAGAGAGGUUUGAGGUGGACAUAAAGGAGCUGCCAGAGCAGAUUGACACUUCCACAUACAUGCCCUCAUGAUGAACCUCCUUAAAGUUGCUCCGGUAAACUGGUUGGGAUGAGGACGAUGACCUUGGAGCAAUGAUGUAAAAGUUUCACUAGAAUUGGUUGUAGAAGUUCAUUUUGGAGCAGGUUGUGUUAGGAGCGUAAUUUUAAAACGUAGACGCUGCUGUAGCUUUUUACAGCUUUAACAAUAGAUUGGAUGGUUUACUUGUUGCUUUAGUUACUUUAACAAACGAUCAUGUUCUAAGAAUCCUAUAUAUCCGUAGAUCUAAUCCUUAUACGCUGCUUGGCAUAAUUAGUCAUUGUGUUAUUUUAUUUGCCUA